AUGACCUCGGCGUCGGAUGGACCGAUGCCAGUGCCCUUGGCUGGCCAGGUGAUCAACGUUAUUCUAUCCCUGGCGGCCACGAAUGUGCUGACGCAUUUUAUGACGCAGCGUUUACUUGUCAUCAAGGUCUGGCGACGACUACCCUUUGUCGCGUGGCUCGUAUUUGCCAUAUACAUAGACUCCUAUUGCUUCGUGUUUGCGACGGCUAUGCUCCAACACGCCUUUGGAGUAAACCGCAACGUCAUUAUUUGUCGCGGCGCAAUUCUGCUAUGUCUGGUUUGCUACGUGACGACAAAAUUUAUCUAUCUAUUUCUCGUUGAGAAAGCAUACGUUGUUCGAGGAGCUGUGAAGCGACGCUUGCGGUCGAAGCUAUACAUCUUCAACUCGUUUGGUAUGUUGGGAGUGUACGUCGUGGUCGUCAUUCUCAAUUUCAUCUUUCGGAUUGCUCGAAUGGAGAACGGACAGUGCAUCAUCGGCAUGCAGGAAAUCUCCAUGAUCCCACUGAUAUCAUUUGACGCCGUCGUCAAUGUAUAUCUUACAAUACUCUUUCUACGUCCAUUGAUGAACUUGCACUCGUAUAAAAGCAUGCCACAGACCAGUGCCAAUGCGAGACUUCGAGCGGUCACCUUUCGGACAUUUGUAGGCUCGUGCUGCACGCUGGUCAGCAGCAUUGUGUAUGUCAUUGCCAAGCCCAGGAAAAUUCAAAAAUUGACAAGACUAAGCAACCUAUCUGUAUUGAUGGCGCUCAGGGGAGAGCCGGCCUGGAUAUGCCUCAUGUGCUGUAACUGCGACAUCUUAUUCUCUGCUAUUGUCAUACAAUGGGUGACAUCGAAUGACAACGCCGGCACAUCCAUCAGCAGCUCUCUGGGCGUCUGUCAUGGCCAUGGGAAUGACGGCUUUCAUGGAAGGCCUGCCGUGGCGCUUCGCGACCAGAAUCGCGCCUGCCACAACUUUUCGCCAUAUCUUCUCGGCGCGGCGAGCACUUCGCCACCGACGCCAGUCGAGUUCCCGCUCAAGACCACGACGCACUGCUGCUCCGAAGGCGUCGAGUACGAUGCCGAGUCGUGCGAUUCCUUGAGCAUGACGGCGGCCAAAAUGCUGGCAGCGGAGAAGAAGCGCUCAGUCGUGCUCGUGACGACGACAAUAGAGCGCGAUGUCACAGCCAUUGGAUCCUUGCAACCGCCGCCGUCUAAUCAGCCGCUGGGUAGCGCGUACGCCGACAUCGAAGUGGCAACCACCGCAGCAGCGACCUUGGAUGAUGCGGAACGGGGCAUCAAAGAUAUCGUGCCGUGGACGGCUUAUUCCCUCCGCGGGCGGUCAUCGUCGUGA